CCCUCCUCCCAACACCCCAAAUCACGUCAGGUGAUAAUGGGGAUCCCCCCCAAAUAUAUUAAAGACUAGAACCUAAGCUCAGGAUUCAUGUAUGGAAUUUAGCAGUAUGCAAGCAGCUUCUCAGUUCUCACUACUUUUAGGAGUGUUCAUGACAUUCUUUGUAAUAGAAUCAUCAGAAGGUGCUGGUAAUGUUUUCUGUACAAAGGAAAUUCACACUAGCCAACAUCUCAUAGCAGACAAGCCACCACCUGAAGCCUUGUACGGGUCAAUGCGAUUGAGCCAGUUAUGGGCUGUCAAAGAACUUAAGAUCCACUUCAUGAAUCCUAAUGUGCUUGCGGAAGACAAUUGGACGUAUCGUGGUUUUCAGUUAAACCCUGCACAAAUUUUAGAUUGGGUAGACCCGUGGAAUAAAAAUUCUAAAUUCUACCCUAUUAUCUCUCUGGACCCCAUCAUGAAAGAGCAGCAGCAGGAUGCGCACAUUCGAGUGUGGUUUGACUCAUCUAAAGACACUGUGAGCUGGUCUUUAGUUGGAAACGAUGCCCUGGACCCUAACUAUCGUCGUCGGGCUACAAUGAGCCUCAGCUUGCUCCAUCUGGAUGACAAAGCCAAAAAAAGCAAUGUUAUUCAUGAAUUCGGCCAUGUAUUAGGAUUAGACCACGAACACCAGCGCUCCAACUUUUGGGACAUACUGGGCCAGAAGGAAGGUGACCAUUAUCGAUUCAUCAUUGGGAAAGAAAACAUGAGGAACGGAAUUGGUGGAUGUCAAAAAGCUGGUGACCAAUUUUUUAGGAGUAAAACUGAUACUCCUAUUAAUGAAACAGAGCAAUCCGAGUACGACCCAAACAGCAUCAUGCAUUACUGGUUCGACAUAAAGUGGUUGAAGCCAGAAUAUCAAGACAAAAGAAGCCCUGAGUAUGCAAAACUCACGUCAGAGGAAAGGAGAAUAAUUAAUGGUGUUCAUCAACGUGACUAUUCUCAUGGUUAUCUGGUUGAUGAACCAUCUGAUGAAGAUUACCGUGUUUUGAACAGAGCAUACAACAGAAAGCGUGUGGUACCUGAGCAUUCCCCAUCAUCUAAGAAGAUAUCAAAACAAAAAAAUCAACCCAUACUUAAAGGCACUGUUAUAAAGAAAGAUGACCGCCCGAGAAUGACUGACCUUUUAAGCUUCAAACUCAGGAAAGACACAAUUGACAUCACAAAUGAAAUAGGAACUGAUUAUGAAAAGUUUGGAGUGCUCCUUCUUGGUAAUGCAAAUAAGGUGGACAACAUUAAAAAAAGCAAUCAGUAUCAAGUUAAGGAUAUUGUGGUUCAAAUAAUAAAAGUGUGGCUAAAGGGCUCUGGAAAAACACCAGUUACCUGGGAAACGUUUGUUUGGGCUUUGAAAGAAUCAGGUUUAGCUGUUUUAGCAUCUGAUAUAGAGAGCCAGUAUUCACAAGAAUAUGUUCAUGAGGAAUUGUGAGGACUACACAGUACACACACAUUGCGUUAAUAUUUUUUGCUCAUUUGUGUUUGAAUGAUUUAAGCAAUAGACCUUGACAAGUCGUUUACCGGACAGAUAGCCACUAUAUGUAAUAUACAAUUUUAUUUUUUCAUUGUUCUUUCUCUAAUUUAUUGAACACUUCCAAACAAUUUUCUGGGAAAUGUUCACUGUUCUAAUAA